AUGGUGGCCUCCAAUGAGCAGACGUACCUGGCCAUCCCGGGACCUGUGGCAUUUUCCAAGUCUCGGGGUCGUGCAAUUGCGCUAGAAAUUGGAGCAAUUGAUGUUCGAGCCCAAUGGGUUCACUACGUUCACACUUCUCAGCCUCUGCAGGCUGCUCAAGAAGCAAUUCUUGAGCAACUUCUUCGAUACGGCGACAUUCUCGAUAUAUCCCCCACGUUCGAACCAACUGAUGGCGACGUACAGAACUUUCAUGUUUAUCCUCGAGUUGGAACAAUCUCGCCAUGGAGCUCGCAGGCAACCGGAAUCUCGCACGUCUGCGGUCUUGCAACGUUCGUCAAGCGCAUCGAACGAGGGAUCAAGAUCUCGGCUCUUUUCUCCAAAGGCUCAACACCAGAAGAAGGAUACUUGGAUCAUCUUCACGACCGGAUGACACAGAUUAUUAGCCAAGAAGAGCCCGAUCUCGCCAAAAUGUUUUCCGACCACCCCCCACUUCCCUUGGAGACUGUCCCUCUCGAUGCCGGCGAUAAAUCACCCACAGAGAUCCUCCAGGAGGCCAACAAACGACUGGGUUUGGCAUUAGAUCAAUCUGAAAUUGACUAUCUUGUUGCAGCAUACGCUUCGAACGGCCCCGUACCUCGCAAUCCUACCGACGUCGAACUUUUCAUGUUUGCUCAGGUCAACUCUGAGCAUUGCCGUCAUAAGCAGUUCAACGCAUCCUGGGUCAUCGAUGGCAAGCAGAUGCCCAACAGCCUCUUCUCGAUGAUUAGAAACACACACAAGAAGAACCCAGAGUACACAGUCAGUGCGUACAGUGACAACGCAGCCGUAUUGCAGGGCGAAAAUGCCGGAUUCUGGGCUCCAGACCCCGCAACCCGUGAGUGGACGCAGACCAAGGAGCAGGUACAUAUACUGGCCAAGGUGGAAACGCACAACCAUCCUACUGCUGUUUCACCAUACCCUGGUGCUGCCACUGGCUCAGGUGGUGAAAUUCGAGAUGAGGGAGCCGUCGGUCGAGGUUCAAGGCCAAAAGCUGGAUUGGCAGGAUAUUGUGUGUCGGACCUUCUAAUUCCAGACCUCCGACAGCCUUGGGAACUUGAUGUUGGAAAGCCUCAUCACAUCGCAAGCAGCUUGGAUAUCAUGCUCGAAGCUCCUAUUGGAAGUGCAGCUUUCAAUAACGAGUUUGGACGUCCAUGCACAGCUGGAUACUUCCGAACCUUGCUCACCGAGCUUGAUAUCGGAGAUGGUCAGAAAGAAAUCCGAGGUUACCACAAGCCUAUCAUGAUUGCUGGUGGUGUAGGUACCGUCAGACCUCAACAUGCACUCAAGGAUCCGAAAUUGGUCAAGCCCGGAUCUUUCCUUGUGGUUCUAGGUGGUCCUGCCAUGCUUAUUGGACUUGGUGGAGGUGCUGCAUCUAGUCUUGCCUCUGGAGAAGGUUCUGCAGAUUUGGACUUUGCUAGCGUGCAACGUGGCAACGCAGAGGUCCAGCGUAGAGCUCAAGAAGUCAUCAACGCUUGUGUCGCAAUGGGAGAAGACAGCCCCAUCAAAUUCAUUCACGAUGUCGGAGCUGGUGGUUUGUCUAAUGCUCUCCCGGAAUUGGUCCAUGACGCUGGACUGGGCGCCACAUUUGAGCUCAGAGAAGUCGAUUGUGCAGACCGUGGUAUGAGUCCUAUGCAAAUCUGGUGUUGUGAAGCUCAGGAACGAUAUGUUAUGGCCGUCGGAGAGGAAGGUAUGAACAAGUUCACUGCCAUCUGCAAGCGUGAGCGUUGUGGCUUCUCAGUUGUCGGAAGGGCAGAGCAAUCUCAACAAUAUGAAGAGAAACGGCUUGUUCUUUUGGACAGAGACUCAAAGGAGUACCCCAAGCCUAUCGACCUUCCACUCUCAGUCCUUUUUGGAAAGCCGCCCAAGAUGACCAGACAGGUUGAUUCGCGAAAGUUGAAGUUGCCUGCCUUUGAUGCUAGUUUGUCGACAUAUCUCCCAGCUGCACCGUCAGAGCAACACCUGCUUGAAGAAGCCGCCAGCAGAGUGCUCUCUCUUCCUGCAGUUGGUUCCAAAUCUUUCUUGAUCACCAUUGGUGACCGAACUGUUGGUGGUCUCACUGCUCGGGACCAAAUGGUAGGACCCUGGCAGACCCCAGUUGCAGAUGUCUCCGUCACAGCCACCUCUCUUACCCAAGGCAUCAGAACCGGUGAGGCCAUGGCGAUGGGCGAAAAGCCUACUCUUGCCCUCAUUUCGCCAGCUGCUUCCGCCCGUAUGGCUGUUGCAGAGUCAUUGAUGAACAUUACUGCUGCCGAUUUGUUUGAUCGUCUUAGCAGAGUUAAGCUUUCAGCUAAUUGGAUGUCAGCCAGCAGUCAUCCAGGAGAAGGUGCCGCAAUCUACGAAGCAGUCGAGGCCAUCGGUCUCAGCUUGUGCCCUCAACUCGGAAUCAGCAUCCCCGUUGGCAAGGACUCGAUGUCGAUGAAGAUGAAAUGGAACGAUGAGAAGUCCAAGGAGGCCAAGGAAGUUACUGCACCAUUGUCUGUGGUUAUUUCAUCCUUUGCCCCCGUCGAAGAUUUCAAAAAGACAUGGACCCCAGCAUUGCGCAGUGUCGAGGAUGUUGGUGAAACCGUUCUCAUGUUCGUUGAUCUUGCAUCUGGUUACAAAGCGCUUGGUGGUUCAGCUGUCGCGCAGGUCUUCAAGCAGGUUGGUCACGAGAGCCCCGACAUUCGUGACGUGGAACUAUUCAAAGACUUUUUCGAUGCCACGCAACAACUCCACGAGCAAGGCAUUGUACUAGCAUACCACGACCGUUCCGAUGGUGGUCUCUUUACAACACUAGCUGAAAUGAUGUUCGCUGGACGCUGUGGUGUUGAAAUCAUGCUUGAUGAUUUACAAAAGACAGGCGAUAUCCAAAGCACUGUGGAGACUCUCUUCAACGAAGAACUCGGUGCCGUCUUCCAGGUCCGAAAGGCCGACGAGAUGCAAUUCCGUUCUUGCUUCGCUACAUGUGGACCACCACCUGGCCUAAUCAAGCGCAUUGGUCGUAUCUCUGAGAAGCCCAAGCAGAAUCUCACCAUCUACCACAAGCAUAAAUUGAUCUACCGCCAACCCCGAGGAAAAAUUCAACAGAUCUGGUCGCAUACAUCUUACCACAUGCAGAAACUCCGAGACAACGCAGCCUGCGCUGACCAAGAGUUUGCUAACAUCCUCGAAGAUACCAACCCAGGUAUUUCAUGGAACAUCAAAUUUGAUCCCAAAGACAAAUGCCUACCCAUCCUCACCAGCUUGAUGUCCCCAUUCAACAACAAGCCUCGUGUGGCCAUCCUACGUGAACAGGGUGUCAACAGCCAGGCUGAAAUGGCCUUCGCAUUCAACCUCGCCGGCUUUACCGCUGUCGACGUCCACAUGACCGACAUCAUCUCCGGCCGCGUCUCACUGGCCGCCUUCGCCGGUCUAGCUGCCUGCGGUGGGUUUUCGUACGGCGACGUCCUCGGCGCAGGCCAAGGCUGGGCCAAGUCCGUCUUACUCCAUGAAGAAACCCGCAAGGAAUUCAAAAACUUCUUCGAACGGCCCGACACAUUCGCCCUCGGUGUCUGCAACGGAUGCCAAUUCCUUUCGCGUCUCAAAGAGCUCAUCCCCGGCGCCCAAUCCUGGCCAAGCUUUGAGCGAAACGCCAGCGAACAGUACGAAGGCCGUGUCGCGAUGGUGCACAUCUCCGACCCUGAUCCUUCCGCGCCGUCUGUCUUCUUGCACGGCAUGCACGGCUCAUCACUCCCCAUCGCCGUGGCUCACGGCGAAGGCCGCGCAUCCUUCGCAAUGACCAAGAACGUCACCGCACAGGACUUUGUCAGACAUAACCUCGCGCCCGUCCGAUAUGUCGACAAUGCCACCCUUAAACCCACAAUGACAUACCCUUACAACCCCAACGGAAGUCCCGAGGGUAUCGCCGGUGUCAGAUCGCCUGAUGGUCGUGUACUGGCUAUCAUGCCUCAUCCUGAACGUACUGUUUUGGGUGGUGUUGCUAGUUGGCUGCCGGCUGAUGCGGAUAAAUGGGGUGAUGUUGGUCCUUGGGGACGCAUCUUUUAUAGUGCUCGCCGAUGGGUUGGUUAA